GACGUUGACAAGAUUUCGACAAUAUUUACAGUCUUGUUUAAUUAUAAUUUAUAUUUUUGAGCAUUUUAAUGUAUUAAACAGAGUAUAUAACAAGUGAAUAAUGUGAUUAAAAGUUAAAAGAACGAUGAUUUUUCUUCGCCAUACAUAAAUUAUGGGCGACCACCAAUGGUACUAUGACAACUUAAACUAUCCUCCACCUACACAAGCUCAAUACAAUCCCCACAUUCCACCCCAAUCUAGCUACUCUUAUACACAGUGGUCUCAAUCACAACAGACAUCUACGAACGUGUACAGUUAUCCUCCAGUUCCUUCGUACCCUCCUCCUCCAAUACCUGCAUCUUAUAUAGCAUCCUCUUCUGGAUUCACUCAACAGCAACACUUUGACUACAGAUAUUCUCACUUGCAGUCUCAAUAUCAAACUGCAGGCACUGUUAACGAUUAUACGAAAGAUCUAGAAAACUACAGAUAUAUAAAGUCAAGAGUAACUGAAACUGAGACUGAAUUUAUUCGCAUUUCUGAGAAAUCCAGGGAAAGAAAAUAUAGGUCUCCCUCGCCUAGUAAAUAUAGAAGAUCCCGCAGCAGAGAUAGGGGCCGCUAUGGUAGAAAACGAAGUGUUGAUAAAAAGAGACGUUAUUCCAGAGAUAGGAGUCGUUCCAGAUCUUCCAGAUCAAGUACUAGGUCCAGAUCACGUGGACGAUCUAGAUACAGCCAAAGACGUAGAAGUAGAAGCCGCAGUUAUGAAUACAAGCGACGACGAAGAUCUAGAACGCCAUCUAGAGGACAUUCGAGGUACAGGAGUCCUUCAAUUAAAAGAGUAAAGAAGAUCACACCCGCUGAAAUACCAUCCGAAUCCGAAAGAGACCAACUUCUUUCGAAAUGGCGCAAGAACUACUGCUCCACCAAGCAACAACUCUCCGACAAACUGGAGGAGCUGGCUUCCAUGACAGUCGAAGAUAUUCUAGAAAACGAAAAAAACAUAUGGACACGUUCAACACCGGCCGAACUAUAUUACCAGAGAGAUCUGGAAAUACCGACGGUGGUGAAAGCUACGCAGAAGCUCAAUCAGCUGUGUGAUGAGUUUGAGGAGGGCUUGGUGAUGAGAGCGAGAACGGUGAACGCGAAGAAACCGAAGUAUGUGCCACCUCCAAGAAAGAAUAGAGCAAGAUUAUGUAAACACAAAACUGAAGCUCAAAGUAGCUCUGAUAGUUCGGAAGAAGAUAUAACCGACGAAGAAGACUGUACAAUGGAAGAACUACAAAGGAAGCAGCAGCACCCUGACCGGUUGCACCCGGAAAUGUGGUUUAAUGAGCCUGGCGAAAUGAACGACGGUCCCUUGUGCCGCUGUUCUUUAAAAUCCAAGAAGUCCGGCAUACGUCACGGUAUCUAUCCAGGCGAGCAGCAUUUGCCACCGUGCCAGAUGGACUCGAAUAACUCCAACAGGUUGUAUCAUUACCGCAUCACGAUAUCUCCUCCGACGAACUUUUUGAUCAAGACUCCCACCAUUAUACAUUUCGAUGAGCACGAGUUCAUCUUUGAGGGAUUUUCCAUGUUUUCGCAUCAUCCUCUAGAAAAACUACCAAAUUGCAAGGUUAUCCGUUUUAAUAUUGAGUACACUAUUUUAUAUAUAGAAGAAAAAAUACCCGAGAAUUUUACCGUACGUGAGCUGGAAUUGUUCACUGAAUUUCUCUUCCACGAAAUCCUGGAACUGGUCGACUUAGACUUUAAAGCCGCUGGCGACAAAGACGGGUGCUCCCAGUUCCAUUUCCUACCGAGAUUCGUUCGUGAACUUCCAGAAAAAGGAAAAGAAAUUUUGUGCAUGAGCCAAGUACUGAAGUAUCUGUUGAACAGCUCAAUUCCUCUGAUGAAAGCUGAAGAUUUGGGUAAAAUGAUGGAGAUGACUCAGAAUGAGUGGCAGAGUUAUGCUGAUGAAAUUAAGGGUAUGGUAGUGACUUAUCCCGGAAAGAAACCUUGCUCUGUUAGAGUGGACCAAUUGGACCGAAACGUAGACGAACAGAUCGAAGGGAAUUAUACAUUUCCAGAGAUUGUUCACUUCGGAAUUAGACCUCCACAGCUCAGUUAUGCCGGAAACCCGGAUUAUCAAAAAGCUUGGAGAGACUAUGUAAAAUUCCGUCAUCUACUGGCCAACAUGUCGAAGCCCACCUACGAGGAUAAACGGAAGCUGGAAGCCAAAGAGAACAAACUGCAAGAAAUGCGUACGCAAGGCAAGAUGAAGAGGGACGUAACUGUGGCUGUAUCGGCUGAAGGAUUUUACAGGACCGGAAUUAUGUGCGAUAUUAUUCAGCAUGCGAUGUUGAUUCCGGUGUUAGUAUGCCAUCUGCGGUUUCACCACUCUCUGAACGUCCUGGAAGACAAGAUUAAAUACAAGUUCAAAAACCGUGCUCUUCUCCAGCUAGCUCUAACCCACCCGUCGUACAAAGAAAAUUUUGGUACCAAUCCAGAUCACGCCCGGAACAGUUUGACGAAUUGUGGGAUUCGACAACCUGAAUAUGGAGAUCGACGAAUACACUAUAUGAACACCAGGAAGAGAGGAAUUAAUACUCUUAUCAAUAUCAUGUCUCGUUUCGGUAAACAACAAGAAACCGAAUCGAACAUUACCCACAAUGAACGUCUCGAAUUCCUCGGCGACGCCGUAGUUGAAUUCCUGUCGUCUAUACAUCUGUUCUACUCAUUUCCGGACCUCGAAGAAGGAGGACUGGCGACUUAUCGGGCUGCUAUAGUUCAGAACCAACACCUGUCAGUGCUAGCGAAAAUACUCAACCUGGAUCAAUAUAUGCUGUACGCCCACGGAUCCGAUCUCUGCCAUGACUUGGAACUGCGACACGCCAUGGCUAAUUGCUUUGAAGCUCUCAUGGGAGCAUUGUUUUUGGACGGAAAAAUUGAAAUUGCAGAUAUGGUUUUCUCGGCAACAUAUUUCCACGAUAAACCAGAACUCUUCGAGGUAUGGGAUAAUCUUCCGCCGCAUCCUUUGCAAGAGCAAGAACCUCUGGGGGACAGAAAGUGGAUAGAAAAGUUCGAUAUCCUUCAGAACUUAGUAAAGUUUGAGGAGUCGAUCAACGUGGAAUUUAAACAUAUUCGUCUUUUAGCUAGAGCUUUUACCGACAGGAGCGUAGGAUAUACUAAUCUAACGAUGGGAUCGAACCAGAGGUUGGAAUUUUUGGGGGACACAGUGCUCCAGUUGAUAGCUUCUGAUUAUUUGUACAAGUACUUCCCUGAGCAUCAUGAGGGUCACUUAUCGUUGCUGAGAAGCUCUUUGGUCAACAAUAGAACUCAAGCUGUGGUUUGCGAUGAUUUGGAUAUGGCCAAAUACGCCAUUUACAACAACCCGAAGGCGGAACUAAAAACGAAAGACCGAGCAGAUCUUCUUGAGGCGUUUAUAGGAGCUUUAUACGUGGAUCAGGGCAUGGAAUUCUGUGAAGUUUUCUGUCAAGUGACCCUUUUCCCGCGGCUUCAAGAUUUCAUUAUGAACCAGGAUUGGAACGAUCCUAAAUCGAAGCUGCAACAAUGUUGUCUUACUUUGCGAACUAUGGAUGGAGGGGAACCUGAUAUUCCAGUGUAUAAAGUUAUUGAAUGCAAAGGUCCUACGAACACUAGAGUUUACACAGUGGCAGUGUAUUUUAGGGGAAGAAGACUUGCCAGCGCAGUGGGUCACAGUAUACAACAAGCAGAAAUGAAUGCUGCCAAGGAAGCUCUAGAAAUAUCACACGAUCUGUUUCCUCAACUCGACCACCAAAAAAGAGUCAUAGCUAAGAGUAUGAAGAAACAGAAGAAAGGAAGAAGUGUUUCAAAGUCCCGAUCCGAGCAGUCAGCACCCAAAUCACCGAAACGGUAUUCGAGAAGCAGGUUUAGAAGAUCUUCAUCGAAGUCUAGCUCCAGUGACUGAGAUCUGAACGUAAUAGAAAAUUGGGCUUUUGUUUUUACAGCAUCAAACGUUCAGUAUGGUUUUAUUGCUUGGUUUAUUGCGGAUUUUGUCUCUAUCCAACACGUUUUUGGCAUAGCUACUGUAGUUGAACUACUCUGAACGCUAGUUGAUCUAGUUGGUAAAAAUAUUUGACCAACUAUGGAUAACAAAUUUUUUACUCAGUAUAUAAGCUUGUUUUAUCCUUAAAAGCAGUAAACGAAGACCUAUAAAUAAUUUUGACGCCAUUUCAAAUCGAGAGAGGUUAAUAAUCUGAUUCACAUUUAAUUUGGAAUUUGUUACUCACCAUUAAUCGUUCAAUUAUACGUGAAAUUCGCGAAAAUGCCCCUUUAUAAUAGAUGACAUAAAUAUACGUUUAAAGAUGCUAUAAAUAUAGUAUGCUUUUUCGUAUACCUGACAAUAAAUGAUCUUUUUGUUCAUGAUUCCUUUGGGGUUUAAGCUUCUUUUUAGUGGAAAUGAAUGAAAUUUUUUUUUAUUGAUGUUUUGUGUCCUUACAUCAUGAUUAAAUGUCAAUAAUAAAUGAUUUUAACGCCAUGUUAAAAUCGAAACUCGUGAGUAAAUCUGAUUCAAGCUGAAUCAAAAUAUUGUUCAUCAACAACAGUUGUUCAACUACGGAUGACUCAUGAAAAAACGCCUUUAAUUUAUGACAGAUGACAGAAGUAAGAAAGAAACAAGAAAGUAGUUUCUGAACCUCAAUAAAUGAUUUGUUUGGAUUUAUUAUCAUUUGGAUUUUAAGUUUCUUCUUAGUGAAGAUGGAUGAACAUUUGUUUAUUUGAUAAUCAAGAUCAUCAAAUACCAACAAAUCUGUUAACCUAUCCAAUUUGCAUAAUGUUGAAUUCUUUUUUUCCAAGAAUAUAAUAUUCCACUUUAUUUAUAAUUUUCCUUUUGCUAGUAGAUAUUCUGGUGGAUAUUCUCCAUGUCAGUAUCACAAGAGUUUUGGUAAUUUUUUUUCGCAUAUUACAAUGAAGUAUUGAUCUUAUUGAUUUUCUUCUAACAGUCGUUUGUAAUACUUUAUAUUGAACUAGGGAUUUUAAAAAAUCCAUUUUUACACCAUUAUUAUAUAUUUUAAGUUUAAUUGUUUUAUCUAAUUCCUACCGUACCACAAAGUGGUAAUUUCAGAGAUGGUAUUACUGUCGUCAACUGAAUAUUGAUAGGUAUUGACAUUUGACAUUGGCGCUCCUCUUUUUCUUGAUGUGUCGCUUCUAUCGUUCAUUCAAAAUCAACACGGAUAUCUUAAUAUGGUUUAACUUAUAAUCUUGAGAGCGAUUUUCGAGGUGGAAAUCAAAAGCCAAAUAUAAAGCAUUUUUAAUUUGUUAUUCCCAAUAACAGGUUAAGUGCCAAGCGUUUUGUCUACCCAAAUGGGUGGACAAAAAACUCAAAUUUUUGCUUGUGUAUCUAAUUGGUUGUAUAACAAUGAUUUAUUUCCACAAGUAAACUAAGUUCCUGUAUCUGGCUGUAUACCACGUAUCACAAAAAAUUUAUUUAAAAAUCUCUUAUAAAAGAUAUAAUUAAAAUAAUAAUUAAUUAAUUAGAUAACAAAGAAAUAAACAAAACUUACUCACAAUCAGUUUAAUUUAAUUUAACUACCUAGACGUCCGGUUUCGUUUUCUACAAUUUGAAAAGCAUCUUCAGGUCACUCGGUACAAAGUUAUUAAAUGCUGAAAUAAUAAAAGCCCAUAUUAGGGUGCUGUCUUAUAAAGAUAAAUAUAAGAUAAAAUAAUAAAAAAUUACAGUAAUUAUGCCAGUAUUACAUAUCUGUUUUUUAAUAUGAAUAAACUGUUUAAUCAGACAAAGUAAUACCUACAAAUUGGUAUAAAAUAGACUAUUGAAUUGUAAUAAAUUAGUAAAUAAACAACACAUUACUUACAUGCUGGUACAAGAUUUAUUAAUUAUUUGGAGAACAAAUCAUUGUUUCCAAAUUAAUAAUAAAUCUUGUACCGGCAUAUAAGUAAUAUUUUAUUUGUUUACUAAUUUAUUACAAUUCAAUAGACUAUUUUAUACCAAUUUGUAGAUCUUACUUUGUCUGCCUUAACAGUUUAUUCAUAUUAAAAAACACAGACAUGUAAUAUGGGCAUAAUUACUGUACCUGUGAUUCCAGUAGAGGUUUGUUAUUAUUCGUAAGUCCCUACGGUCUAUGUUUGUUGUCUUUAGAAUUUGGACUAAUUUUUCAUGUCUUACUUUGUCAAAUACUUUUUCAAAAUCAACGUAACAAACAUGCAUAUCAACAUUCAUAUCCAUACAUCUUUGAGCUAACACAUUAAAAGCAAACAGCGCUCUGUGGUUCCUAGUUCGUUUCUGAACCCAAACUGACUAUAUCAUCUAUUCCUUCUUCCAGUUUUUUUAUUUAUACGACCAUGUAUUAUUUUCAGGAAUAAUUUGAUAAAGUGACUUAUUAUUGAUAUUGUUCUGUAUUCACUGUAAUAUUUAGCGUUUGUUUUUUUAGGGAUAGCACAAAAGGUGGAGAGUAACCAUUGUUUGGGUAUGUGUCCUGUUCUGUAUGCGGAGUUAAAUAAGUCUACUAUAAUGUCUACGGUUUCAUCAUUCAUGCAUGAAUUCUAUCGAUGUCUAUAGGGAUUUGGUCUGAACCUAAUGCUUUACCAUUUUUGCUCUUUUUCAAAGCCAUUUUUAUUUCCUCUUUUAGUAUCUUUAAAACCAUAUGAUCUUCUACUUCUAUCUCCAUCUGUUCUGUUCUAUUGUGUUGGAACAGUUCAUUGAUGUACUCUGUCCAUAUCUUUAAUUUGUGGUUGGUAUUCAACACAAGUUUUCCAUUUGCAUCUUUCAGUAUUCCUGGUUUUAAUUAAUUAUAAAUAUAUUUAAUUAAUUAUAUACCUUUUAUAAAGGAUUUUUAAAUAAAUUUUUUAAUGAUUUAUUUAUUAAAUUAGUUGUGGUUCAAAUUGAGAGGUAUGAGCAGUAUUUAUAUUGCAGAUUCCUAUACUACGUUUUGAGCUAAUACGUAUUCAAAUGGAAAAUGUAAUAACAGAAAUCUGCGUUACCAAAAAAACCGUUAAUUUUAAAAGAUAGUGUAAACCCAUAUGGGUAGACAGUCAAAAACUAUUUCAUUGUUUCACGUGUUUGACGAUUAGUACUGUUUACCUAAAUAUUAGUGGUUUAUUUAGAUAUUUGUUGAAAACUAAAAUACAAUGGACGUGAAAAGCGUAAGUUAUCCUUGUGAGAAUCACGUAAGUGCGUAAGUUAUCUCCUAAUGAGAAUAGGAGAGAGUAGCCAGUAUUUUGGACCAAUAUUAUUCAUCAGAAAAUGAUUUUAUCGGAACACGUAAUUGAACAGAUGGUAAGAGAAACAAAUAAAAUUGCUCAAACGUUGUAAGAAGUCACAACAUGCUAUUUCUUCUUAGAACAUUUUGGAGAAACCAAAUGCCUCCAUCCUCUUCUUGUUUUUCUGACACUCAGGGGUUGCUGUCAGCAGUAUUUCUUCUUAUUUGUGAUGUUUUGGCCAUUACCAUUCGUGUAAGGUCAUUUUAGACUCCGCUUCACAGUCAAACUUUAUUUCUAAUAAACUGUGCAACAAGUUGGGUACUAAAAGAUAACAAGUGAACAUUGCUGUUUCUGGUAUCAGCCCACAAACUUGGAUGGUCCAGGUUUAAUGUAUAACUAUCUGGGUUUUUCAACUAGAAACCGAAUGGUACCUGUAAAAUUGUUCUGUGAUAAUAAAUACAGAAAAUAUAGCUAUGGCACCCGUGAGCAGUGCACAAGAUUUUGUCUUAGCACUGGCGAGGGAUACUCGUGUUCACCCAAUGGGGUGUAUGUGGCACUUAACCUGUUAAAUGUAGUAAUUAGUAUUUAUCUUACCUUACUUACCGCUAAUACAAAGAGCUUUUAUGUGCCGCGACCCAAUUAUUCUGUUAUGAAUGAUGUAUGUAUCGCUUAGGUUUAGUAUACAUUGUAAUAAUAUCAUGCUGCUGUUCAAUUUAUGACUUUCAAAUUUAGUUCGACUGUGACAUUUUUGAAGUAAACAUCAUUUGACUUUAACUUUGACAUUUGACUUUGACAGUUGACUUUGACAUUUGACUUUUACAUUUGACUUAGACGUUUGGCAUCCUAAAUAAGUUUACCGAAAUAUACAAUUUUAUAGGGUUUUUUGUAUCUUCCUCUUUUUAUUCAAGGUUCGUCACAUUAUGUUUUUUACUGUCUAAAACAUGAUGUUAUGAUGACAAUUAUGUUGUUCAGUUAACAACGAUUUCCAAAUGAAUACAGUUGGAUCUAGUGGAAGAUAUUAUUAUAUUAUGAACCAUCGUAAUUUUUAGAUUUUGUUGUUUUUAUCAAAAAUUUCUGUGAUUUCAUGUAAUUGUAUUAAUAAAUUGUUUCUUUUUA